CACACUCCGGUACUGAAGGUGGCGGUAAAUGCACCUGAAAGCUGGAGAAGAAGCAGAAAGAUGGCGCAGCAGGGAGAUCACGGAACAUAAAUAGUGACUUUGAGCCUGCUUUACAGUCUGUUCUGUCUGUGACUGUGUGUCUAUGAGGAUGGCCCACCGCUGCCUGAUGUCUGCCCGUUGCAGAAGCUCCUUCCUCCGGCUGCUUUCCACCAGAAGGGUGACCUGCUGGCCGGCGGGGGGGGCAGCUGGAGAGGGGGCGCGGCCUGUUGAGCAACAUGCUGGGGGGGAAUAUCCGUCUAAGCUCCAGACCUCCCAAAGGUUUUGAGAAAUAUUUUCCAGAAAGUCAGAAAACUCCCAAAAACACUGAAGCUGAAACGGACCCCAAAGAUGCCAAACCUGCCAAUGAUCAGGGAGGUGGUGGAGGUGGUGGAGGAGGUGGAGGAGGUGGAGGAGGUGGAGGAGGAGGAGGAGGAGGAAGAGCAGCAGCAGGAGGAGGAGGAAAGCGAGGAGGCCGGAGGGAUGACUCCCACUGGUACUCCCGCCUGCAGAAGGGCGAUGUUCCCUGGGAUGAUAAGGAGUUCCGGAUGUACUUCCUGAGCGGAGCGGCGUUCUGGACAACGGUUGUGUAUUUCUUCUUCUUCAGAGAUGGAGGGCGGGAAGUCACCUGGAAAGACUUUGUCAACAACUUCCUGUCCAAAGGAGUGGUGGACCGGUUAGAGGUGGUAAACAAGCGCUACGUGAAGGUGGUGUUCUCCUCGGGGCAGACGCCGGUGGACGGGAUGUACGUGUGGUUCAACAUCGGCAGCGUGGACACGUUUGAGAGGAACCUGGAGACGGUGCAGAACGAGCUCGGCAUCGAAGGGGAGAACCGGGUUCCUGUGGUCUAUUCCACCGAGAGCGACGGAUCCUUCCUGCUCAGCAUGCUUCCCACAGUGCUCAUCAUCGGCUUCCUGCUGUUCAUGCUGCGUCGGGGCCCGGCGGGGGGGGGGCGCCCUGGCCGGGGGAUGGGGGGGCUGUUCAGCGUCAGUGAGACGACGGCGAAAAUCCUGAAGGACGAGAUCGACGUGAAGUUCAAAGACGUGGCUGGCUGCGAGGAGGCUAAGCUGGAGAUCAUGGAGUUUGUCAACUUCCUGAAAAACCCCAAACAGUAUGAGGACCUGGGGGCCAAGAUUCCCAAGGGGGCCAUCCUGACCGGCCCCCCAGGGACAGGGAAGACUCUCCUGGCUAAAGCCACGGCGGGGGAGGCCGACGUCCCAUUCAUCACCGUCAAUGGCUCUGAGUUCCUGGAGAUGUUUGUGGGGGUCGGACCCGCCAGGGUGCGGGACCUGUUUGUCAUGGCGAGGAAGAACGCGCCCUGCAUCCUCUUCAUCGACGAGAUCGACGCUGUCGGCCGGAAAAGAGGAAGAGGAAACUUCGGAGGACAGAGUGAGCAGGAAAACACUCUGAACCAGCUGCUGGUGGAGAUGGACGGGUUCAACUCAUCCACUAACGUGGUGGUUCUGGCCGGCACUAACAGACCCGACAUCCUUGACCCGGCGCUGAUGAGACCGGGACGCUUUGACCGACAGAUCUACAUCGGUCCUCCCGACAUUAAAGGCCGGGCCUCCAUCUUUAAAGUCCACCUGCGUCCUCUGAAGCUGCAGGUAGAUCUGGACCGAGAGGUGCUGGCUAAAAAGAUGGCCGCCCUCACACCUGGCUUCUCAGGCGCAGACAUCGCUAAUGUGUGCAACGAGGCGGCGCUAAUCGCAGCUCGCCACCUGGCGGACGCAAUCAACGAGAAGCAUUUCGAGCAGGCCAUCGAGAGGGUGAUCGGGGGUCUGGAGAAGAAAACACAGGUGCUGCAGCCGGAGGAGAAGAAGACGGUGGCCUAUCACGAGGCAGGACACGCCGUUGCCGGGUGGUUCCUGGAGCACGCCGAUCCACUCAUCAAGGUGUCCAUCAUCCCGCGGGGGAAGGGUCUGGGCUACGCUCAGUACCUUCCCAGAGAGCAGUACCUGUACACGGCCGAGCAGCUGCUGGACCGCAUGUGUAUGACCCUCGGGGGCCGCGUGGCCGAGGAGAUCUUCUUCGGACGCAUCACCACCGGAGCCCAGGACGACCUGCGCAAGGUCACACAGAGCGCCUACGCUCAGAUUGUGCAGUUCGGAAUGAAUGCAAGGGUGGGCCAGGUGUCGUUCGACCUCCCCCGGCAGGGAGAGAUGGUUCUGGAAAAACCAUACAGCGAGGCCACAGCCCGACUCAUCGACAGCGAGGUCCGGACCCUGAUCAGCACCGCCCACCUGAGGACCCUCAGCCUGCUGCGGGAGAGACGGGGAGAGGUGGAGAAGGUGGCGCUGCGGCUCCUGGAGAAGGAGGUUCUGGAUAAGAGCGACAUGGUGGAGCUGCUGGGGAGGCGUCCCUUCUCUGAGAAGUCGACGUACGAGGAGUUUGUGGAGGGGACAGGCGGCGAAGACGAAGACACCUCGCUGCCCGCCGGCCUGAAGGACUGGAACCGGGAGCGGGGGGCCGCGGCGGCCGAGGAGAGCCCUGAGGACCAGGUGGCCCGAAAGAUCUCCGGAGGGAUGCCCUUCUGAAACACUCCUGCAGACAGGAAGCUGGUGUCCUCUGCUUCCUGUCUGCCAAACACCGCACAGUGAGACUCUAGCACAGGCUGUCCAUCACAAGAGCACACCUGGGGAUAGACUCUGUGGGGACCGGUUCUGCAGCCCUGAUCCUGAACCUGAGCAUCAGGAGCUGCUCCCUGUGAUCCGGACCAGAGGAACCUGUUCGCACUGGAUCUGAUUUAAAGCCAACCAAUCGCAGUCCUUCAUUCAGCUCGUUAAUAUGGCCCUGCUUUGCCUGCCUGUAGUUCGAGUGAUUGUUUGACUUCCGUAGUGACAUCACGAUGGAACAUUAGCGCUCCAACACAUUGUACAUGAUUGGCUAAGGAGUAGGACAUCUCUAAGCGGUUGACCAAUCACAACAGAGCUGCAGAUCAGAAUAUUUCUCCAUAUGGUAAUAAGUAUGUUUGUAUGUGUGAUAGUGAACACCAUGUGUAUGUGUGAUAAAUACUCAGUGAUUAAAAGCUUUAUUUAAACUUCA